AUGGCGUACGAACAGCGAAAGCUGCUUGAGCAGCUCAUGGGCAGAGACGCUCUGGUGAAACUACCGCGAGAUUACGACGUGCGAAGAGUUCAAUCAAUAGAUCCUUCUGUCCUGGCUUCCCCUAAAGUUUGCAAGAGUUUUCUUGUAGGAAAGUGUCCGUACGACCUGUUCCAGGGUACCAAAGAGGACCGGGGCAAGUGUCCUAAAAUUCACCAGGAAAAACUGAAGAUAUUGUAUGAAACAUGUGUAAAGAAUGGGAUGCGAAUGCCAAACGACAAUUACAAACUCGAUUACAUCCGCGAUCUCGAAGGAGUGAUCAAUGAGUGUAAUAGAAAAAUUAGAGUCGCUGAAAAAAGACUGGAGCUUUCUGGAGAGGAGAAGGAGAAACUCUCGAGCGUGACACAAGAACUGGAUAAACUAGACGAGCAAGUGAGCCUGAUGCUUCAGGAGAUUUCGCUACUGGCGGACAAAGGAGAAUUGGAGAUGGCUUUGGAUUGGAAUAAAGAGCUAGAACAAGUGAUACGAAAACGAGACGCCGUCGCCACGCAAUACACCGAAAUGGUGGAGAACAUCAACCAAUCAGCGCAGCAGAAACUGCAAGUUUGCGAGCAGUGCGGUGCAUAUCUCUCUCGUCUCGAUAACGACCGCCGACUUGCGGACCACUUUGUGGGUAAGAUGCACUUGGCCUAUGUGGAGAUGAGACGCGCGUUAGCUGAACUCAAAGGCCGCUAG